AUGGCGGCCUCGGCGGCGCUGUUCCUGCGAUUGCGGAGCGGGCUCCGGCAAGGCGCGCGGGGGCUGUGUGCGAGGCUGGCGACGCCGCCCCCCCGGGCCCCGGACCAGGCUGCAGAGAUUGGGAGCCGAGCAGGCACUAAGGCCCAGACCCAGGGACCACAGCAGCAGAGAAGCUCCGAGGGUCCCAGCUAUGCCAAAAAAGUCGCACUCUGGCUCGCUGGGCUGCUCGGGGCUGGUGGGACCGUUAGCGUCAUCUAUAUCUUCGGAAACAACUCUGUGGAUGAAAAUGGUGCCAAGAUUCCCGAUGAAUUCGACAACGAUCCAAUUCUGGUACAGCAGUUGCGCCGGACAUACAAAUAUUUCAAAGAUUACAGACAGAUGAUCAUCGAGCCCACCAGCCCCUGCCUUCUCCCAGACCCUCUGCGGGAGCCGUACUACCAGCCGCCAUACACACUGGUCUUGGAGCUCACUGGCGUCCUCUUGCACCCUGAGUGGUCGCUAGCCACUGGCUGGAGGUUUAAGAAGCGUCCAGGCAUCGAGACCUUAUUCCAGCAGCUCGCUCCUUUGUAUGAAAUCGUCAUCUUUACAUCGGAGACUGGCAUGACUGCCUUUCCACUCAUCGACAGCGUGGACCCCCAUGGCUUCAUCUCUUACCGCCUCUUCCGGGACGCCACGAGAUACAUGGAUGGGCACCAUGUUAAGGACAUUUCGUGUCUGAAUCGGGACCCGGCCCGAGUAGUAGUCGUGGACUGCAAGAAGGAAGCGUUCCGCCUACAGCCCUACAACGGCGUCGCCCUGCGGCCCUGGGAUGGCAACUCUGAUGACCGGGUCUUAUUGGACCUGUCUGCCUUCCUCAAGACCAUUGCUUUGAAUGGUGUGGAGGAUGUUCGAACUGUGCUGGAGCACUACGCCCUGGAGGAAGACCCACUGGAGGCUUUCAAACAGCGGCAAAGCCGGCUAGAGCAGGAAGAACAGCAGCGCCUGGCCGAGCUCUCCAAAUCCAGCAAGCAGAAUCUCUUCUUCAGCUCUCUCACCAGCCGCUUGUGGCCUCGCUCCAAACAGCCCUGA